AUGAAGCUCCGUCCUCGUACCCCAGGUUCUUCCUCUUCGAAAGGUAAAGAGAAGGUCCAGUACCCGGAGAGUUCUGUUGAGGAUGAUCUUGGGGCGAUGUUGUCUGAUUCUGAUUAUAAUGCGACGAGUGAUGAAGGUGAAGGUUUUCCGAAUGUGCUUGAAGACCCUACUGGGGAAGAUGCUCUGGACUUAAAUUUUCCUUUAGAUACUGCAUCUGAAUGGAGCGAUGAUGAACUUCAGUAUGUCUCAAAAAAGAGGAAAAGGAACACCUCUAAGAACAGGGAAGGAUCGAGUGAGAAUGUUAUAUUCUACCAAGACAUAGCGAUGAAUGACAAUAUUGAGGCAGAAUUGUACCAAGAAUUUCUAGGAUUUGAUUUGGGUGGGGCAACAGAGAAAACUCGUGGGAAAAGGAAGAACAAGAAGAAGAAAAAUGAUAAACCCAUACUAAUGUGGGAAGUUUUAGAAGAGGAGAUCGAAAGAUGGGUUGCUGAGAAUCUGAUGCUUGACAUGGACUUGAUAAAUCAGAAUGAAAUGGUGACAGAAAGUGCCGAGCCUUCUGAGGACUUGAUAAUACCAUUGCUCAGAUACCAAAAGGAGUGGUUAGCUUGGGCUCUUAAGCAAGAGGAAUCUGUUGUCAAGGGAGGUAUUCUUGCGGAUGAGAUGGGAAUGGGCAAGACCCUUCAGGCAAUAGCUCUUGUUCUUCUCAAACGAAAUAUCCCAAGGGACCUCGGUGGGCAGCAUUUACACACAACGACCCCGAGUUCUUCAAAAGAGCUACCGGCUAUUAAAGGGACACUUGUCGUAUGCCCAUUGGUUGCUGUCAUGCAGUGGGUUAGCGAGAUUGAUAAAUUCACUUCGAAAGGAAGCACCAAGGUUCUUGUCUACCAUGGUGCUAACCGGGCGAAAAAGCAUUAUGAGUUUGCUGACUAUGACUUUGUCAUAACAACAUAUUCGAUUGUCGAGGCAGAAUACAGGAAAUAUGUGAUGCCCCCCAAGGAGAAAUGCACUUACUGUGGGAAAUUAUUCUAUGAGAAUAAGUUGAAAAUUCACUUGAAGUAUAUGUGUGGGCCUUUUGCUAUUAAGACAGCGAAGCAGGCAAAACAAGAGAGAAAAAAUCCAAAGACUAAAAAGAUGGCGGAAUCUGAGGGAAGUAAGAAGAAAGGAGGUCGUGGUAAAGGAAAGAAGCAUGUCGGUGUAGAGAAGGAAAUGGAGAAUGACUAUCCGGAAGAGGUUUCACAUGCCGGAAAGUCGAUUUUGCACUCCGUGAGCUGGGAGCGUAUCGUAUUGGAUGAGGCACAUUAUAUAAAAGACAGGCGCUGCAACACAACCAGAGCUAUUCUUAACUUACAGUCUUCUUAUAAAUGGGCUCUAAGUGGUACUCCCCUUCAGAAUCGUGUGGGAGAGCUCUAUUCUCUUGUUCGCUUUCUGCAGAUAGUUCCUUACUCUUAUUAUUUCUGCAAGGACUGUGAUUGUCGCCAACUUGACUAUAGUUCGGCAGAUUGUCCAGGCUGUGUUCAUAAAAAUGUCCGACAUUUCUGCUGGUGGAAUAGAUAUAUUUCUUCACCAAUACAAGAUUCUGGAAAUAAGGGUUGUGGCAGAGAGGCCAUGCUUUUGUUGAAGCACAAAAUUCUUAAAAGCAUUGUGUUAAGACGUACCAAAAAGGGCAGGGCUGCUGAUCUCGCGCUUCCGCCUAGGAUUGUCACUUUAAGGCGAGAUUCGCUGGAUGUCAUUGAAGAAGAUUAUUAUACUGCACUGUAUAAUGACAGUCAGGCACAGUUCAACACAUAUGUUGAGGCAGGAACAGUAUUGAAUAACUAUGCCCACAUAUUUGAUCUGCUAACUCGCCUUCGUCAGGCUGUUGAUCAUCCUUACCUUGUGGAGUAUUCUGUUACUGCAAUGGAAAGAAAGGGUAAAGCAGUUGAAAGUAGCAAUGAUGAGAUAUGCGGUUUAUGUAAUGACCCCGGAGAAGAAACUGUGGUCACUUCAUGUGGACAUGUCUUCUGCAAACCUUGUUUGAUUGAUUUUGGUGCUAGUAUGGGCCAAAACUCUUGCCCUUCUUGUUCAAAGCCACUUACUGUUGAUUUCACUUCCAAUAAAGAUGGUGUGGAGCAGGGUUCGAAAACAACUGUCAAAGGCUUCAGGCGAGCAAGUAUUUUGAAUAGAAUUCAGCUCGAUGAGUUUCAGACAAGCACAAAAAUAGAUGCUUUGAGGGAAGAAAUCAGGUUCAUGAUUGAAAGGGAUGGUUCUGCUAAGGGAAUCGUCUUUAGUCAAUUCUCUUCUUUUCUGGAUCUCAUACACUACUCGCUUCAAAAGUCUGGAGUGAACUGUGUUCAACUAGAUGGGUCCAUGUCCAUGGGUGCCCGAGAUACUGCAAUUAAAAGAUUCUCCGCGGACCCGAAUUGCAAAAUCUUCCUAAUGAGCUUGAAAGCCGGAGGCGUGGCCCUCAAUCUUACAGUCGCAUCACAUGUUUUCUUGAUGGAUCCUUGGUGGAACCCAGCUGUCGAGAGGCAGGCUCAGGAUAGAAUUCACCGAAUAGGUCAAUAUAAACCAAUCCGGAUUAUCCGGUUUAUUAUUGAAAAUACUGUGGAGGAGAGGAUACUGAAGUUACAGGAGAAGAAGGAACUAAUGUUUGAAGGGACUGUGGGUGGAUCUUCGGAGGCUCUAUCGAAACUGACCGAGGCUGAUUUGAAAUUCCUGUUUGUGACCUAA